AUGACUGCUUCAGAUAUUAAGGAGCCUAAGGCUCAAUGGCAGACCGAAGUCGAGCUGCCAGAAUACACAUUAAAGGAUAUCGCGGCGCAUAAUACUAAGAAAGAUACAUGGAUCGUGAUCCACGGACAAGUCUUCGAUAUCACAGAGUACUGUCAAGAUCACCCCGGUGGUGCAGAGGUACUUGUUGAAGUCGGUGGUCAAGAUGCUACUUCCGAGUAUGAAGAUGUUGGUCACUCUGAAGAUGCGCGUGAAAUCAUGCAGCCCUACCUGAUCGGUACUCUGAAGGAUGCCCAGCAAUUCGUGCGACCUAAGGCAGUUCGCGUGGUCUCCCAAAAGGCCACAGAAGAGAAGAAGUCGUCAUUUUCGUUACGGACUAUCGCAGUUGCAGGUGGAGCUUUGGCACUUGUUCCAGCGCUCUUUGUCUGCAACCCGGGAGCUAUGCACCUCCCUCAUUUUACCCACCUACUUCCCAGCCAAGUGAAGGGUCUUCGUCUGCCUCGAGGCGGCUUCGUGAAUGGAUUUCUCGCUGCAAGUGUGAUCUGUGGCUCCAUCGGUGUUAUGCUUGCUAAGCAAGCCAGCCGAUUCACCAAGAUCGAGUCUGGAUUCAUGCGAUACCCGCCGCGCAUCAAGGCGAAAAAAGUGAUUCGCGUUGAUCCGCACUUAACACGCGGAUUCCUCGAGCCGCAACAAUACCAGCGUCUACCUCUUGUGCAGAAAGAUCAGCUCUCAUCCAACGUUUACCGCUUUGUCUUCGCUCUGCCCAAAGCAAAGGGCGUCUUGGGUUUGCCUAUUGGCCAGCAUGUCGCGAUCAGAGCCGAAGUGGAUGGCAAGACCGUGACUCGCUCCUACACUCCUACCUCUAACAACCUCGACCGCGGCCGUAUCGAAUUAGUCGUCAAAUGUUACCCCGAUGGUCUUCUUAGCGGCAAAUAUCUCGCAGGCCUUUCGAUCGGCGAUGAAGUCGAGUUCCGGGGCCCCAAGGGCGCAAUGAAGUAUACCAAAAACCUUUGCAACAAAAUCGGCAUGGUGGCUGGUGGAACUGGCAUCACACCCAUGUUCCAGUUGAUUCGGGCGAUUUGCGAGAAUGACACCGACACAACGGAGGUCAGUUUGAUUUACGCGAACCGCUCCGAGACUGAUAUCCUUCUUCGCGAGGAAUUGGAGACUUUCGCGCGCCGCUAUCCUAAGAACUUCAAGCUGUGGUACAUGCUUGAUGCGCCACCCAAGGACUGGGCGUACGGUAGUGGGUAUGUGGAUCAGACUGUUCUGGCAGAGCGAUUGCCCGCGGCUUCGCCUGAUACCAAGAUCAUGCUAUGUGGACCCCCGGGGAUGGUGAGUGCGACUAAAAAGAAUUUGGCUGCGCUGGGUUUCCAGAAGCCGGGUACGGUGACGAAGUUGAGCGAUGAGGUUUUUUGUUUCUAG